AUGCACCCGGCCGGGCGGCGCAGCUCGGGGACGCGGCCGGGCGGCAGGCGGGCGGGCGGGCUCGGCCCGGGCCCAGGCAAGGGCGCGGCGCCCUCGGACCCGCGGCGGCGGCGGGCGGCAGCGGCGGCGGCGGCUCAGGGGCGCGGGGCGGAGGCGGCGGGCGGCCGGGGCGCGCGCAGGGAGCUGCGCCGCAUUUUGGAGAAACUGGGCGCUGCGCGGCUGCCGGGCGCCGGCGGCCGGCGGGGGUGCGGCCGGCCGGGGCAGCGCGGGCAACCCAGGACGCAACAGAGCGGUAGAGACACGCGAGGUGGCCGGAGACAAGCGAGCGCGCGCGGCGGGGCGGGUGAUGGGCGAUCUGGGCUCGGCGUCCAGCCGGUCUCCGGACAGGGCCAAUACCGGGAGCGGGUGAUGGGCACGCGCCGCCGCUCCGCGAGGGCCUGGAGCGCCCCGACCGGGCUGGCCGCAGGAAGCCAGUCAGGAAAGCAUCUCCACCUCCCUCUCCCGCCCCUUUGUCUGAAUGCGGCUCCCGGCGGAGGCCUUGGGCAGGGGGCGCCCCGCGAACCAGCGUCCGGGACCGCACCAGAUGGAGGAGAGGAGACGCGAUCGGAGCGCGAACUGGUGCCUAAGCGUAGCCCGCAGCCUCGCGCAUCCGGGAGCGGCGCAGCAGCCCCCCGCCCGACCCCAGCAGCGGGCACAGGGCUCCGGGCCCGCCGGACCCACCCGGCCCAGCCCCCGCCCUCCACGGCCCGCGCAUGCGCCCCGUGGCCUCGGUGCAGGUGCACUGGAGGCUCGCGGACCGCAUCUUCCCAGUCCUCGCGAACCGGACCUGCAGACACUGCCGGGCGGGUGCCGAGGAGUUCAGGAACACCAUCUCCAGAAGUCCUGAAAAGUGUACCCAAGGCAGCUUGGUGUUAUUCUUUCAGGGAGCCAGAAAUUACAGAGAUGAGGUCUCUGUUGCCCAGGCUGGAGUUUGGUGGCAUCAUCACAGUUCACUGUAGCCUUGAACUCCUGGGCUCAAGCACUCCUCUCACCACAGCCUCCCAGGUAGACAGCGCUGUCGCCGAAGCCUUCCUUCCAGGAGACGGAGGCAGCUCUCCACGGAGCCCUGUGCUGGAAUCUCCUGCAGAAGAACAGCUGGAAGAAAACUUGGCCUCACCUGGAAGGGAGGUUGCCCUGUGCGCCCAGCAAGACCUCACAGUGGACUAUGGGGCCUGGUGCCGGGUCCUGCAGGGAACUAUGGGUGGCCGGGGGAGGGGUAGCCCCCCUGGCCCUGGCUCUGGAUCCCCAUGGCCAGAUAGGUUGACAUAAAGGAAAAAACUGAGGAGAAAUUAUUGUAAGUAGAGAGUUUAUUUGGGCCAAGUUGACCCAAACUCUCUACUCAAGUUAAUUUUACAUCAGUUUUUUUCUUUUCCAUUACGUCGACACUUCUCAGGAGAGCAAAACAAAAUUACACAGAUGAUCCAGAAUUAAGCCCCUGACACCAUGCAACGCUGAGCCACAGCAGCAGCAGGCAGUGUCCUGAGGUGGGUGGGUGGACGGCAUUAAGUGUCCAGGAGGGUGCAGCAUGCCAGGGACCCUACUGGAGACAAGGCAGGUGGAGUUGGGGGCAGGUGGGGCUGGAGGGGCGGGGCUGUCCUAGAGGUGAGAGUCAGGACUUGAGCUCCAGAGCAGAGACUGGGGACCUUCUUUCAUGCUCCUGACCGGGCCAGGAAGGGGAGCAGCCACGUCCUCCCCCCAACCACAACCUCAGAGCAGAAUGAGGACAGGGCCUGGCUUCUGCUGACCCCAAGGCUACCUCUGCUCUGCUGUCCACAGCCAGACCCCAGAAAAGAGGUGGGGGGGGGAGGGCACAGCCACAGAAGCUCCUCCCACUUGCUGACUGACCUCACCUUUCAGUCCUGAAGUCCCCACAGCCAUGUGACUCCUCCAGGGGCUUUCAUGGCCUGGUGGGGCCUGCACCCUACUCUCUGGGCCACAGGAGCCUGAACACUCCACAAAGAAUUUGGGAGUGGGGAGGGGUCAGCCACACUCAGCUCAUAAGGGGCAAGGCUGGACCCUGGGGACAGACACCUGGAAGGUCUGGGAGUCUAAAAACUUCUAAGUGGAGCUUUGGGGAGCUUAGAGCCCUCUUCCCUUCCCUAAAAGGGGAAGACUGCACAGGUCCCAGGCUGUCCCGGGGCCAUUGUUCCUGUAUCCCCCUCGGUGAGGGGUGGAUCAACCCCAGGUUGGCAUCAGGGGCUCACUUUACAGGUGAGCACAUUCAGCCCAGAGCUGUCUGUCCUGCUGAGGCAGGAGGAUCACUUGAAAUUACGAGUCCAAGACCAGCCUGGGCAACAUGGAGACCCCGUCUCUAUGAAAAACAGAAAACCUAUUGGGGCCUGGUGGUGCCUGUGAUCCCAGCUACUUGGGAGGCUGAGCAGGAGGAUCACUUGAGUCCAGGAGUUCAAGGAUGCCCUGAGCUAUGGUCAUGUCACGAAAUGGGGAGGAAAAAGACAGGGAGCAAUUCAAGGCCCACUGCACCACUUAACGGGAGUUCAGGAGAGGAAGGAAGGGCAAGAAAUAGAAGUGAAAUAACAAUUUCUCUCAGCUAAAGGAGCCAAGACUCCAGAUUCAACCUGCUCAGCACACUGAACCAGUGCAAAAAGUCUCAAAACACAUCCAUGGAACCUUCCAGAGUCCUGCUGCAGGCAGAUGGAGGGGGUGUAGGCACCCACAUCUGACUGAGAGCCCACCCUCCUCUCAAUCUCCCCUGCAACUGAUCCAGGCAUGAAAAGAACAAAGUUCGCCCUCCUAGAGCUGCCAGAAAGGAAUUGCUAACAGAGGCAGGCACUCCAGUGUUUCCCAGGGACGGAGUCUACAGAGGAGAGGAGGGAGUGGUUUGGGCCCAGAGAGCCAGCAGAGGCAUUUUCUGCAGGGCGACCGGUAACCAGGCAGCAGAAGAGGGCACAGGGUCUGGGGGAAGUUGACUCGGAGUUAGAAGCGUGAAGAGUGAGCAGUAGGAACGCCCAGCUGGCAGGCAAAAGGCAAGGGUCUGAGAUGAAGGGGCAACCAGAUGCUGGAGAAUGUACAGCUAAAGGCAGAAAUAGGGAAAAGGGAACAGGGUGGACAUGGAGUCCUGGAAAGCAGGUGUUGGGGAAAAGACAUUCCCAGGUCUUCACUGGCCAUACCAUGAGCAGCACCUCCCAGCGGACACCAGGAUGCUCUGUGACUCAGCCUCAGUCAUGCUGGGAGCUGCCCCAUGACUCUGGGUCAUCAUGGGGCAAGCACCAAGCCAAACUCCUUACAGAGUUGCCUGUGCUGUCUCUCUCCCCACCUGUCCUCCCGUCAGCCCUUCCCCUGAUGGACCAAAUCUGAUCACUUGCCAUGGCCUCAGAACCCCAAGUCUCUCCUUGGCCUGCUUCCGAGUUCUUCACAGGCCACCAGCUGCACAUCCUGCUGGUUUGCCCUGCAGGGAGCUGCUGGGGAGCAUUCUGCUCCUCCCAGAGCCACGAGUCAGGACAUGCCAAAGCAAAAGGGCAGGACCACGGAAUCAGGCCCUAGCAAUCAGCAGAGGUGGGGGCUGGUGAGCUAAAGUUCUCCUCUGGGGCAGUGGGCUGGGGAUGUCCAGCCUUACCUACCCAAGACAGCAGCACUUGUGCUGUGGCAGUGAUAGUCAGGGAGCUAAAGCCACACAGAGACCAACUGUCUUGCUCACGUGAAUGACAGUCACUUCCAGUCUUUGUGCUGCUGUUCCUGGAUGUUUCUAACAGUGCGCAUGCAUCACUUUGAUAAAAAGUUCUAACUGUACUUUUAAAAACACACACAGAAAGGAUAAGGGGGCUGGGUGCAGUGCCUCGUGCCAGUUAUCCUGGCACUCUGGAAGGCUGAGGUGGAUGGAUCCCUUGAGCUCAGGAGUUCAAGACCACCCUGAGAAAGAGCCAGACCCCCAACUCUACUAAAAGUAGAAAAAAUAGUCAGACGUUGAAGUGGUGCCUGUAGUCCGAGCUUCUGAGGAGGCUGAGGCAUGAGGAUCACUUUAACCCAAGAGUUUGAGGUCUGUGAGCUAUGCCACCACAGCACUCUACCCAAAAAAGAGAGUCAGACUCCAUCUCAAAAAGAAAAGAAUAAAGGGAGAAGAUGCUGCCUGCUUCAUCUUGAGGUCACCUGCUGGGCACUGGGUGCAUAGGCCAGCUCCCCAUCAGGGGGCUAGGGAUCACAUUAAGGGCUAAGGCUGGAGAGAGGUGGGCUCAGCCCUCCCUAUGGCAGCAGCCACAGGCUGUGCAGAUUGCAGCUCAGCCUCCAGGGACCCCAUUCCAUGUAGAGGGCUUAGGGAGCUCAGUCCCGGGGUGCCAGGCCAGGCCAGUGUCCCUAGGCAGCCAAUGCUUGGGCCCCUGGAAGGUGGGCUUGCUCAGCACACGUGCCUGUGCAUGCAGGCCCAGGGUGAUGAUGGACAUGUGUGGAUCUACCACUCAGCUCUGGCGUGGGACAGGUGCUGAGGGGGCCACCACUCACAUAGAACUGGGAAAAACAAGGCCCAGAAAGAGGCCCAACCAACCCUGGGCUCCUGGGGUGACGCAGGGGGCUCUGGUGUCCAGAGCAGGG